AAUUGAGCUCCAUGCACUUCACACACUUGACACCUAAACCCAGCUUAGACGAUGCUAUCGUCGCGGAGACCUUGCAGAUCCUCUCCAUUAAACUAACAGAAAUUAAAGGUGGCUUCAAAUUGCCAUUGUCUGUGUAUGGUGUGGUUGCUGCUCGGGACAGUGUCGAUAACAAUCGCAACCUUCUCUUCGCGCACAGUAGGAUAGCGCCCCAAAGAAUCAGGCAACACAAUCCAUAUUUGCGCUUGAUUGGGCCGUCUCGUGCAAUUCUCUGCAGAGACCCUGUUCGCUUUGAAAUUCAGCUAAAAGUUGAACGUGGAGCAGUGUCUCGAGAUAGAGCAUUGAUCAGCGCAACUCGCGAUUUCUACGUUCGUCAUCCUGGUGUGCAUACCAUCUGCUUCGAGAACCGCUUCUGCAAAAUAGAGUUAUGCGUCGAGCGGCUUGUGGAGACGAUCCAGGCCACGAUCUGCAGUGUCCGUGUUGUUAAACAGGGGACACGGCAGCGUGUUGAAAGUCGAUGCCGAGUUUCUUGCUCGACAACAUCAUACUCACGCAAGAUCAUCGAUGGUAAACCUACUUAUGUUGCUAAUGCCCCAUCUGGUGAAGUUGUGCUGCUUGAUCGUUUAAAAAAACCAAUGCCCAGUGGUUCAGAGGGCUACCUUGAUCUGUCGAGGCGUGUGGUCUCUGUAGAGCAUGAAGGCAGCCUGAAAGUUGUCGUACAGACUUGCUCGUCAUCCGGUGAUAUCAUCGCAGAAGGACAUGUCUCCUUGGCAUCCGAAUAUUUUGGCUUCAGCCAGAAGAGAUUUAACGUUGAUGAUGCUGAGCUGGAGGUAACCGUUGCUUGGUCCCUCCUUGUUGUGGACAAGGAUGAUAUCUUGAGACCGGUGGCUGUUUGAAACCUCCGAGCACUGCUCACGCGGAGGCAAUGUAUUUAUCUGAGGAUCCCGGCUGGACAGGGCUGUGUGUCCAUUCGGCUUGUUGAAGUGUGCUAUCGGUUAGCUACAUAGUAUAUCUGAGAUGUCCAACUGUCGAUUUUGGGCAUCGACUA